AUGGCACCUCCAUCUUUCCUUGGCCCUCCAGAGAUCAGAAGGGCAACACCAACACCACAGCAACAAGCUUCAACAACUGUAAGUAAUGCCUUCAUAGAUCUCAUGGUAGCCAAUUUCAAUAAAACGACUACUAAACAAUUGCCCCAAAUGGGUUACACUGAAAACAUGUCAGCUACAUUUGUCUCCUCUGGCAAUCCUUGUCUUGAUUUCUUUUUCCAUGUAGUCCCUGAUACCCCUUCUGAAACCCUCAAGCAAAGACUCUACUCUGCCUGGAACCACAACCCCUUGACCACCCUCAAACUCAUCUGUAACCUUAGAGGUGUACGUGGCACAGGCAAAUCAAAUAAAGAAGGGUUUUACACGGCUGCAAUUUGGCUGCACAACAACCGCCCUAAAACUCUAGCCUCCAACGUUCCAUCCAUGGCGGGUUUCGGUUAUUUCAAGGAUUUGCCUGAAAUUCUUUACCGGCUUUUAGAAGGACCUGAUGUGAGAAAGAUCCAGAAACAAGAGUGGAUGCAGAGAAAAGGCAGAAAGACUGGAAAGAGAGCGGGAUUUAAGUUUGGACAACCAAAGAUUCGUGGACCAUUUCAACGCAACAAGAACAAGCCUAAGAAGUCUCAAUCGUCAAGAAAAGCUGGGCCCAGCAUUCCCAGACAUACCAGAAUUCAGAAUGCAAAGAGAAGGGCUGAGGUGGAGAAAGAGAAUGCAAGUACUGCCCGCAAAGAGAGAAGGGCAGCCAUGGCAAAGAAGGUUAUUGAAAGAUACAGCCAUGACCCUGAUUAUAGAUUCUUGUAUGAGCGCGUCUCAGAUUUCUUCGCAGAUUGCCUUAAGACUGAUAUGCAUCACUUGAAUUCCGGUAUGACAAGGAAGAUCAGUCUUGCUGCAAAAUGGUGUCCGUCUAUUGAUUCUUCCUUCGAUCGAUCCACUCUGUUGUGUGAGAGUAUUGCAAGGAAGGUAUUCCCUAUAGAAUCCUAUCCUGAAUAUGAAGGGAUCGAAGAGGCACAUUAUGCUUAUCGUGUUCGCGAUAGAUUGAGGAAGGAGGUUUUGGUGCCUCUUCGUAAGGUUCUUGAGUUGCCUGAGGUGUACAUUGGCGCUAAUAGAUGGGAUUCCAUCCCAUAUAACAGGGUUGCUUCUGUGGCCAUGAAGUUUUACAAGGAAAAGUUUUUGAAACAUGAUGCAGAGCGUUUCAAACAGUAUUUGGAAGAUGUGAAAGCUGGGAAGACCAAAAUCGCAGCAGGAGCAUUGCUGCCUCAUGAGAUCAUUGCGUCUUUGAAUGACGGCGAUGGUGGAGAAGUAGCAGAGCUGCAGUGGAAGAGAAUGGUUGAUGAUUUAUUGCAGAAAGGGAAGAUGAAAAAUUGUUUAGCUGUUUGUGAUGUGUCUGGCAGCAUGUCUGGGAUUCCAAUGGAGGUUUCUGUGGCACUUGGUCUGUUGGUUUCAGAGCUAUGUGAAGAGCCAUGGAAGGGUAAGCUAAUUACGUUCAGUGCAAACCCUAUGCUUCAAAUGGUUGAAGGAGAUAGUCUUCUACAGAAGACUGAGUUUGUAAGGAGCAUGGAGUGGGGCAUGAACACCAAUUUCCAAAAGGUGUUUGAUCUUAUUUUGCAAGUUGCUGUGAAUGGGAAUUUGAGAGAGGAUCAAAUGAUCAAGAGGGUGUUUGUGUUCAGUGACAUGGAAUUCGAUCAAGCUUCCUGCAACCCUUGGGAAACAGACUAUCAAGUCAUUGUAAGGAAGUUUUCUGAGAAGGGCUAUGGUAAUGUGAUCCCAGAGAUUGUGUUUUGGAAUUUGAGAGACUCAAGGGCUACACCAGUACCUGGUACACAGAUGGGAGUAGCACUUGUGAGUGGGUUUUCUAAAAAUUUGAUGAAGUUGUUUUUAGAUGGAGAUGGUGAAAUAAGUCCUGAGGCUGUUAUGGAAGAGGCCAUCGCUGGGGAAGAGUAUCAGAAGCUGGUUGUGCUUGACUGA